AUGAACAAUAAGAUGUUGCCAUCAGAUUCACUACCAAUUGUUGUAAAUACAUGGCCAUUUGUCAAUGCUACACGAAAUGCAUUUAAUAAAAUGCAAAAUCAAGGUGGUACAUGUGUUGACGGGGUUGAAGUUGGAUGUCGAACAUGUGAAGAUGAACAAUGUGACGGUAGUGUUGGCUGGGGUGGACAUCCAGAUGAAUCAUCUGAAACAACGUUAGAUUCUCUAAUAAUAGAUGCCAAAACGAUGAGCGUGGGUGCAGUGGCCAAUCUUCAUCGAAUUAAAAAUGCUGUUGGUGUUGCUCGUGCAGUGAUGAAUUACACUAGGCAUUCCAUAUUAGUGGGUGAAAGUGCAACAAAAUUUGCGCUUGAUAUGGGAUUUGAACAAACUGAUUUACAUAGUAAUCAAUCAAUCGAACAAUGGAAAAACUGGUUAGAUAAUCUCAGUUGUCAGCCAAAUUUCCGUCGAAAUGUUUCACCUGAUCCCUCAAAAUCUUGUGGUCCUUACACACCAGACAAGUUUGGAACAACAUCAUUUGAUAUUGAAACUAAAAAACGUCCGAUUAAAGAGCAUGAUACAAUCGGUAUGAUUGCAUUGGAUUCUAAUGGCAAUUUGGCUGCAGCUACUUCAACAAAUGGUUUACAAUUUAGAAUACCCGGACGCGUUAGUGAUUCGGCAUUAAUUGGUUCGGGCGCAUUUGCUGACAAUGAAGUUGGUGGAGCUUGUGCUACCGGUGAUGGUGAUGUAAUGCAACGAUUUGUGCCAAGUUAUAAUACGGUUGAAGCAAUGCGGCGGGGAUCUUCUCCCGAAGAAGCAGCUUUAGACUCUAUUAAACGUAUAGCGAAAUUUUAUCCAAAUUUUACUGGUGCUGUACUAGCACUUGAUCGUAAUGGUAGACAUGGUGCUGCUUGUAACGGAAUGGAUAAAUUUCCUUAUUCAGUUAUGCAGAAUGGCUGGACAGAUCCACAGAUUUUUGAAAUUCCGUGUUUGAAAUAA